UGAAGCCGGGACACUAAUUCUCUGGCCGGGCGGUUGUUGGGGAGGCGGAGAGUUUGAGGCUCGGGCCGUCCCAGAGUCGGGGCCUGCCCUCGCUGCCCUUGGGCCGGGGCCCCCGCUGCGGGGCGGAGAGGGGCGGGCCCCGACUGGACUAGCCGUCCCCUCCUCCCUCUCUGGGAGGCCUCGGGCCUCGUCCGGGUGAUCCGCGGGAGCGCCGCCGCUCCAGCCCAGGUUUAGUCUGUUUUGGCUUGGAAUAAAAAUGGCAGAAGAAACUGCAGUAUCUUCUGAGAAGCUUGUUGUAUAUUCAGAGGCUCAUAGUGGUACCAUUCUGGCUAAUUUUGAAGAACAAAGGAAAAAAGGCUUUCUCUGUGAUAUCACUCUAAUAGUGGAAAACGUACAUUUCCGGGCCCACAAAGCUUUACUUGCUGCCAGUAGUGAGUAUUUCUCAAUGAUGUUUGCAGAAGAAGGUGAGAUAGGCCAGUCCAUUUAUAUGCUGGAAGGUAUGUUAGCAGAUACAUUUAGUAUCCUGCUGGAAUUUAUCUAUACCGGUUAUCUUCAUGCCAGUGAAAAAAGUACAGAGCAAAUAUUGGCUACUGCUCAAUUUUUAAAAGUGUAUGACUUAGUAAAUGCUUAUACUGAUUAUCAAAGCAAUCAUAACUCAACAAAUCCAACUUCUUUGACCACUGGUGGAGCUCCAGUAGUUGUUAUUUCUAAUAAGAAAAAUGAUGAUCUUCCAAAGCGAAAACGAGGGAGACCAAGAAAAGUCAAAAAUUUUCAAGCAGUAAAAUCAGAAAUGGCUUCACUUGAAGACAUUCAGCUCAGAGAAAAUAAUUCUGUUCAAAAUAAGCAAAACUCUAUGUCAAAAACAGUAGAAGAAAGCAAUAAUAUAACAGAUGAACAGAUCCCAGUAAGAGAAGUGGAAGAAUCUGAGCGUGCUUGUGGGUCAAGCACUGUGGAAAUGCCCACAGAAGAAGAUGAGAAUUGUGAUCCUAAGUCCCAGGAUGUACAAGGCAGUCAGAGCCGCUAUAGCAAGCGUAGAAUUCAGAGAUCUGUUAAACUUAAAGAUUACAAACUUGUUGGGGAUGAAGAUGAUCAGUAUUCAGCCAAGAGAGUAUCUGGAAGAAGAAAACGUCCUGGUUCUGAGGCUUGCUGUAAGGAAUGUGGCAAAGUGUUUAAGUACAAUCACUUUUUAGCAAUCCAUCAGAGAAGUCAUACAGGGGAACGACCUUUCAAAUGUAAUGAGUGUGGAAAAGGUUUUGCCCAGAAGCACUCAUUGCAGGUUCACACAAGGAUGCACACAGGGGAACGACCAUAUACCUGUACUGUUUGCAAUAAGGCUUUAACUACAAAACAUUCUCUACUGGAGCACAUGAGCCUGCACACAGGACAGAAGUCUUUUACCUGUGAUCAAUGUGGAAAGUAUUUCAGCCAGAAAAGACAGCUGAAGAGUCAUUACCGAGUUCAUACAGGCCAUUCAUUGCCGGAAUGUAACCACUGUCAUCGCAAAUUCAUGGAUGUAUCUCAGUUAAAGAAACAUCUAAGAACACACACAGGUGAAAAGCCAUUUACUUGUGAAAUCUGUGGCAAGUCUUUUACAGCAAAAAGUUCUCUUCAAACACACAUCAGAAUCCAUCGAGGAGAAAAGCCAUAUUCUUGUGGCAUAUGUGGGAAAUCCUUCUCUGAUUCCAGUGCUAAGAGGAGACACUGUAUAUUACAUACAGGCAAAAAGCCUUUUUCCUGCCCUGAGUGUAAUUUGCAGUUUGCACGUUUAGACAACUUAAAGGCUCACUUCAAAAUCCAUAGCAAAGAAAAACCCUUUCCAGAAGCUCCUAGUGCUCCCAGCAGCAGCAACCCAGAAGAAGUUAGGAAUAUUCUCCAUCUCCAGCAGUAUCAACUUUCCACCUCUGGAGAGCAAGAAAUUCAACUCCUAGUCACGGACUCAGUCCAUAACAUCAAUUUCAUGCCUAGUCAUAGUCAAGGAAUCAGCAUUGUCACAACGGAAGGUACCCAGAACAUGGCAGCUGACCAAGCCGCUGACCUGACAGUACUCACUCAGCAGCCAGAACACCUGCAGGGUUUGAUUCUUUCUGCUCAGCAUGACCAAACUGAGCACAUCCAGAGUCUCAAUAUGAUGGACAGCCAGAUGGAAACCUCACCAUCUGAACAGGUGCAUAUAAUCACCCUGUCCAAGGAGACCCUGGAGCAUCUUCAUGCUCACUGAGAAGCAGCUGAAGAACUUAGAAGUGGCCUCUUCAUGCUCAGCUCAGCAUAUGCAGAAGUACCAGGAAUCAAGUUGACAGGCCAGGAAACACGGUAUGGCCCAGCCUGUACAGCUUAAUGAACAGUUGAACAAAAGUGUAAUUCUGUGGGAGUUACAUGGGAUGUUUGUCCAUAAGCUAACCCUACUGUGAUUAAUGACUGAUUGGUUGGUUCUAAUACAGAGUUGUUUCCAUCCUUUCAGAUACUAGUAAACUAAUAUUUAUAAUGCUUUACAUUCAAAACAGCAAAGUGGAUUGAACGUGUCUGAUUUGAACUAUCGUGUGACUUGAACUGACAUGUUUGGUAAUAUUGGUGAAAAACUGUCACUUUUAUUCCAUCUUGUAGGUCUUGGACUCAGGUGCUCUACUGUAUAAUGAAGACAGUUGUAACUUGUAUGUAGGAGUUGAAAUUCAUCCCUUUAUGUUAUAUUUCUAGUCUUCAGGAUGACAAUUCUUCUAAUUGUAUUUUGAGUCUUUGAUAAACUACAAAAGCCAGUCAUCCCUUUAUGUUAUAUUUCUAGUCUUCAGGAUGACAAUUCUUCUAAUUGUAUUUUGAGUCUUUGAUAAACUACAAAAGCCAGUCAUGGGUUAGUUUAAAUUUGACAUGUUUGUUGGUUUUGCUUCCUUGUUACUUAUGAAUACAGAAUUGCCACUAAAAGCUUAAAAAAAAAAAAAAUUGCUUUGUAUGCCAAGCCUUCAUAAUAUGUUAAGGAGUAUGUUCUUUGACCCUCCUAACACCAAAGAAUUAGUAACAGUCUUGUACUUGAAUUAUUUCAUGAUUCUGUAAAUCCUACUACAUUAUACUUGAGAGGAAAGAAUACAUAGUAAACUCUUUAUUCAGAAUCCAAACAGUCAGAAAACUGAAAGAACAUAUGUGUAAGUUUACAGAGGGAACAUAUUCUUAAUUUUCCUUUUGUGAGAAAAGCAAAUAUAUAGCAGGAUUACAGUUAGGAUGCAUGUCUUAAAAAGUAAUAUUCAAAGAAUAUUCAGAGAAUUCAGGGUAAGUGGAAUUCAGCCUGAUGUUUUUGUCUUCAUUAAUCUACAGUGGUACUUUAUAUUCUUGACACCAGAGUCUUCCAAAUCAUUAGAAAAGUGAUAUUAAAUCUAGUUUGUUAUUACAUUCUGUUUCUCUGAAAAUUGAAAUCUACAGUAGCCAAUACUAACCCUACUCCAAUCUAGACUAAAGGAAAAUUCACACAGAAGUUGGACAUAACUUUUUAAAAUGACUUUUAAUGAUUCAAAGACCAGAAUUCCUUUUUUUGAACCCCUACUAAG